AUGAGAGCUCCUUUGGGAAGCGUCGAUACGCGCUUGAAGAUGACUGAUACUCCCGAGGACGGCCUGCUCGCCUCUUCAUUCGCGUCUAUCACCAGAAUUGAUGACCUGCUGCAGCGUAGUGCCCAGCCACUCGACUCUCCGGGAAUCCCUGAACGCAAAAUGAAUCGAGUUCAAUUCGCAUCCGACAGAUCUCACGGCCGAGGCAUCGGCAAGCCAUAUCCUCGACUGGAGUUGGACGUCAACCUGGAUCAUUAUCACUCGCUGGACAACUUCACUGAGCCUGUCAGUCCACGGAAUACUCCUGCCUCAAUCAGUUGUUGUGCGAGCCCCGGAGAACCAGCUAGACCCCGUACCAGCUCCGCGCCGCAAAUCCAGUCUUUGGCUUUCGAAUGGCUCGAUGGCAAAUCAGAGGGAGAUCUGAAAUGGCUUGAUGGCAAUACAGAGAGCGGAAUGAAGGCUCAGAAACGUCGGUUCUCAGUCGACGAUGAGCCUCGCUCUUCCACAACCAUCCCCCCAAAGGACAUCGCUCCAACUGCCGAAAUUGGCUCCAGUGAGCAGAUUGAAGACGUUUCUCGACACGUGCCUGGCGUGCGAUCCUCUCCACCACCCGUGUCUCUUCCAAAGCCGCACUCCCCUCCUGCGGACCGCUCCAGUCCUGCAGUGGGGCGGAAGAUUGACUACGUUUCUCCGCACUGUCACCAGAAGCAUUUCAAGAAGUGGAGAGGUUCAAACCAUGCUCAGCGGGUCUCACCAUAUCGUAGCCCGCCAAAGGCCCGAUCUCUGAAUCGACAACUUGAUGCUCCAUUCUCAUAUCUUUUGCCUUCGCUGGGCCUCCAGGGGGUUACCAAAGAUUCGGCAAGCCAAACCGACCCAAGCGAUGAAACUGUUGAACACAAUAUUCCCGAAAAAGGGGAUGAUGUUGCAAUUGGCGCGACAGAAAUCCAAGUUGGCACACCACCUUCCCCGGUCUCCGAUUUCGUGGGACUCUCCCUCUCCAUUCGUCAAGUUCGGCAUCCUGGACAACAAUCGGCUUUGACUGUGAACGGAGGUGCGUUUCAAGUUGAAUUGACCUCGGUACCAUUCCCACUCCGCACCUCAUUCCAUGACGGAAGGAAGGCCGAAAAUCCUGCGGAUCGCCCUGCGCUCGAUGAUUUGGUAUUCCAUACCUACCUGGUCUUGCCAGUCUUUGUUGCACAGUUCCCUGUUGCUGUAUUUUCCGUCCUGAACAGGGCCUGUAACUCGCGGAUCGGUACAAUCCUCCUCUACUUGGAGAAGAUGUUCUGGUCCAUCGUCAUUGCAUUUUUCCUUGCAUUUUUGGCCAAGUUCCGCCGGCCUGGAACUGGUCCUGGCUAUGGCCCUGGAGGCCCCGGGGUUGGCCGCAGAAAAGCAACUGCUUCACGUCUUUGA